AUGGAGAUCCUGCCGGUUACGAGUCAGUUUAACGUCGGAUUCAGUAGUGAAAAAGCAUGGAAUGGGCCAACUUGGCGGGAGGCACCGGUGCCGGUUCCGACGGAAGCGGCGCUGGCUCAGAGGCUUGAGAGGGAGUUACGGGCUGCCAAGGGAGCCAGUGAGCUCGCGACAGCUGAGGUGUUGGUACCUGCCGAGCUACUCGCGAGGGCGUCCCGACAGACCCUGGCCUUGGCUGAGGGUGAGCCUUGCGGCUCUCGAGGGGCGGCAGUCAUCGUCGAUGUGGCUGGGAGGCGACUAGCUGCCUUCAAGAUCGACCCCAGCACACUUACGACUCACGAAAUACACUUGCAUCUGGAACAUGAUUCAACGAACUGGACUAGCCUGUUGCCGCAGUUCUUAAAAAACUUGACACGAAGCGGUACCAUUAUCAUCAGUCCCCAGUUCACGAUAGAAAAGAAGAAACUGUUCCGGAGCCAGGCCGAGUGA